AUGCUAUCUAGAUAUAACAUUAAUGGGCGUACAAUUUAAGAAGAAAAGUUAUUAUCUGAAGGAGGGUACGGCUAUAUACUAAAAGCAAUUGAUGUGAACACCAAAGAGAUUUUUGCAUUGAAAAAAUCUUAUUGUUAAGGAGAGGAGAGAACAAAAGUAGCUAGAAAUGAAUUGGAAAUUAUGGUAUGAAAAAUUCAAAUUUUAUGCAGAAACGAUUACCUAGACAUCCAAAUUUGGUCAAUUUCAUAGGAGGCACUUUUAUUUAAGACAAAGGACAGCAAGUAUGUUUGAUUCUAAUGGAAUUUUGUGGAGGUGGAAGUUUAUUUGAUUUGAUGGCUAAAGAUCCAAAUUCAAGAUUUCCAGAGGAGUAACUGUUAGGCUAUAUGAGAGUAUAUAUGAUCAUUGAAAUUCUCUUAGGAAAUUACAUAAGGCAUUAAAUCCUUGCAUACAUUACAACCACCUAUGGCUCAUAGGGAUAUUAAAAUAGAAAAUGUGUUAUUUUAAAACGGAAGAUGCAAGUUGUGUGAUUUUGGAUCUGCUAGCACUCAAAGAGUAGACUUAAGGUUAGAAUUUAAAUCUUAUCCAUCUUAGUCAAAUCAGAUAGUCUGAUUUCGUAAUUUAUGAGGAAGAAUGGGAAAAAAAUACAACUUUAAUGUAUAGACCUCCAGAAAUGGCUGACCUGUUCUUGAGAUAUGAAGUAGGAGAGAAAGCCGAUGUUUGGAUGUUAGGAUGUGUAUUAUACACUUUGUGUUUUUUUAUUCAUCCCUUUCAGGAGAGCUCAAAACUAGCUAUUUCCACUGCUACAUACAAUAUACCUAAAUAGCAUAGAUAUUCAGACAAGUUGAUUGAUUUGAUUAGACUUAUGCUAACUCCUGAUCCAAAAUUAAGACCUUCUAUUUUUGAUGUUGAAAGAAUUCUAGCUUAAUUUCAUUCAUUACCAUAUAUAUAAUUGAAUGUAAUAGUUUGAAGCAAAUUUUAGGCAUAAGCAGUUGAAAUUAAAAACAGAGAAUAGAAAUUGGAACAAGAAAUGGAAUAAUAUAAUAAAAAUAGUUUCAAGGUGAAAAAAUUCGAUGGAGAUAUUCCAAUCGAUGAAUUGAUGAACUUAUAAAAAAAGAUAUAAACUGAAAAGACUUCAGCCAAAUAACCAUAAUAAUAAAUUAGAUAACCUUAACAAUAAUAUAUCUAAAGAUAAUAAAUGCAACAAUAAUAACAAUAGUAAUAAAGAUAAUAGUAGUAAUAAUAAUUUUAGCCAUUCUCUGAAUUUAAUUAAUAAUAAUAAUAAUCAAAGUCUUCUUAAGAUAUUUUUGCUUAAUUUAGCAAUCCACAAUAAGGAUUUGGUUCAAACAAUGCUUGGGAUAGUUCUAAUUAAUGGUCCUAACAAUAACCAAAUCAAUAAGCUUUUGGUAAUUUUGGAUUUGUUUCAACUUCUCAUUCUCCUAGUCCAAAUCCUUUUUAGUGGGAUACCCAAUUCAAUUAACCUUAAUAAUAAUAAUAAUAACAAUAACAAUAAUAAGUAUAAUAACAAGUAUAAUAAAUGUAAAUUAAUUCAUUUUCUGCCUCCCCAUCCAAUAGUGCCUGGGAUAUGACUACUAAUUAUACUGAAUAAUCCCAUCAAUCAACUUAGCCAUCAACAAAUUUCUGGGGUGGAAACAGUUAACAAUAAUUUGGAGUUCAAAAUGCCUAAAUAUAAUCUUAAUAGUUACCUCUAAAUCCUCAGUAAGAAACAAUUGAUUUGAUAGGAUUGAAUGAGCCAUAGCCUUAAUAAUAAUAGUAUGAUUUAUCAAAUAUAAUAUUAUGA